AUGUCCAGUACUAACACAGUUCCUCCAGUGUCUCAAUACAAAGAAUUCGAAGUUAUUGGCCGUCGUCUGCCCACUGAGACCGUUCCAGAGCCAAAGUUGUACCGUAUGACCAUCUUUGCUAAGAACGAAACUAUUGCUAAGUCUCGUUACUGGUACUUCUUGCAGAAGCUGCACAAGGUCAAGAGAGCUUCUGGUGAGAUCGUCGCCAUCAAGGAAGUCCUUGAGGAGCGUCCAACUGAGGUUAAGACUUUCGGUAUCUGGAUUAGAUACGACUCUAGAUCCGGUACUCACAACAUGUACAAGGAAUACCGUGAUGUUACCAGAGUUGGUGCUGUCCAAGGAAUGUAUCAGGACUUGGCUUCCAGACACAGAGCUAGAUUUAGAUCUAUCCACAUUCUGAAGGUUGUUGAGUUGACUAACGACGACGACAUCAAGCGUCAAUACGUCAGACAAUUCUUGGAGAAGGAUCUGAAAUUCCCAUUGCCACACAGAGUUCCUAAGACUCAGGCACUUUAUGCUUCUAAGCGUCCAUCCACUUUCUACUAA